CAAAGAGGUUUUUGAGUUUUUGGGCAACAGCAAAUUCGACCUGAGGUUUUUGGGUUUUGUUUUUAUUUUUGGGUGGGGGUUGGGCACUUUUCUUCUUGUUUAAUGGGCAGAGUAAUUUAAGCACUCCAAUUGGCGAACCACCACAAACCUCUUAUAUCAUCACCAUCUCCGAGAACCCAUUAAUGGCUUCGCCCCCUUCUCUCUAACGUGGAUUGAAGCAUAUAUACUCCAAACUCAUCAUUUUCUUCUUUAUGGGUUAUGACUUAUGAGUGUCCUGUUCAGUCGUUUUGAUCUUUUUCGACUCCUGUCUCUGGAAAGAAAGCAAUCAAUCAGAUCAUAUAAUCAAAACUCACUAGAACUCGGACUCGAUUCGGCUUCCAGUUCAUCGGAGAAACCCCAGGAUGCAGAUUACUCUACUUACAUUCCUUCACUGAGUUACGAGUUAGAGGGUUUAAUCUUAGCCCGAUCACCAAGGUCCGAAUAUUGGAAAAUAUCCUUCGCCAACAAAAGAUUUGCAAGCUUAGUAAAAUCCGGCGAGCUUUUCAAAAUCAGGAGAAACAUCGGUUUCAUCGAGCCAUCAGUUUUAAUGCUCGCAAGCGGCGAGAACUGCUGGUGGGGUUUCGAUCAAGGGUUUAGUUCCCGCAGAAGGCUUCCCGUUCUUCCAUCUGACAUAUGUUUUGCUUCAGGAGACAAAGAAUCACUAUGUGCUGGGACCCAUUUACUCGUAUCGGGUCGAGAACUUGAAGGUUUAAUGAUUUGGAGAUACGAAUUAGCCAUGAACAAAUGGUACAAAGGCCCUUCAAUGAUCUACCCUAGAUGCUUAUUUGCCUCCGCCACUUGCGGGAACUCCGCUUACGUGGCAGGCGGGAUUGCGGUGGUUGGUGAUGGCAUGAGUGGGACCCACAUCAUCCAUAACACGGUUGAGAAGUACGACCCGGAAACCCGCUCGUGGACCCCACUCCCCAGAAUGAAUAGACCCCGGAAGCUUUGCUCCGGGUGUUACAUGGACGAUAGGUUUUAUGUGAUUGGUGGGAGGACCGCGAAUGAGGAGCUAACAUGUGGCGAGUUUUUCGACGAGGAAAAGAACGAAUGGACUUUGAUCCCGGAGAUGUUAAAAGACAAUCCUGUCCUUAGUUGUCAUUCUCCUCCAUUAAUUGCGGUGGUGAAUAACGAGCUUUAUUCGAUUGAAGCUUCUUCGAAUCAGUUGAAAGUUUACUUAAAGGGUAGUAACAGUUGGAAGCGGUUGGGUUUGGUUCCUGUGAGGGCGGAUUAUAAUCGGGGUUGGGGAGUGGCGUUUAAGUCAUUUGGCGAUAAGUUGUUGGUGAUAGGGGCUUCAACUGUUUCGUCUUCUAGAAGCUCGAUGGCUAUUUAUACGUGUAACCCGGACCCGAGAUCCGAUGGGUUGCCGAAUUGGGAGCUACUUGAUAAUGGCAGGAUUCAACUCCAGAAGGAAGCGAAAGGGCGAGAAGCAAAAGAAGCCACAAAACUCUGCACCUUGACGCUUGAUAACGAAACUAAAAUCUGGCUACUACAGGAGCUGCGAAGGGCUCCGCGCUUUCAUCAUCAUUGCAUGCGCAUUCUGAAAUUCCGUUCCUGGCUUGCAAUCUAG